GGCGGCGGCGGCGGCGGCGCGGGGUUCCCUCCUCGUGCCCGGCGUUGAGUCCCCGCUGCCGCCGCGACCGCCACCGCUGCCACCGCGGUCCACCGUGCCCGACUGGCCCCGGGGUGCGCCCUGCACGGGAGGAGGGCGGUGAUGUCGGGCAGUGCGGACUCCUGAGACUCCUGCGUCAGCAGAGCCGUAGGGCCAUGGGUGGCCCUGACCCCUGCCCUCCCCACUCCCCAUCCUUCAGGCUCCUGCUGGCGUCCCUGAGCAUGGGAGGCUGCUGCGCUUGAGUGGCGGUGUCUGGCUGGAGCUGCGCGUCUUUCUCCGUGGCAGGGAGGGCAUCCAUGGCUGCAGCCAACAAGGGCAACAAGCCCAGAGUCCGGAGUAUCCGCUUUGCGGCAGGCCAUGAUGCAGAAGGUUCCCAGAGCCAUGUACACUUUGAUGAGAAGCUGCAUGACUCCGUGGUCAUGGUCACCCAGGAGAGCGACAGCAGCUUUCUGGUCAAGGUUGGCUUCCUGAAGAUCUUGCACAGGUAUGAGAUUACCUUCACUCUGCCCCCGGUGCACAGGCUGAGCAAGGACGUCCGAGAAGCACCUGUCCCUAGCCUACACCUCAAGCUCCUCAGCGUCAUGCCCAUCCCAGAAGGUUACAGCGUCAAGUGUGAAUACUCGGCACACAAAGAGGGAGUCCUCAAGGAGGAGAUGCUGCUAGCCUGUGAAGGUGGCACCGGCACCUGUGUGCGAGUGACAGUGCAAGCGCGAGUCAUGGACCGACACCAUGGCACACCCAUGCUGCUUGAUGGGGUCAAGUGCGUGGGUGCCGAGCUAGAAUACGACUCAGAGCACAGCGACUGGCACGGCUUUGACUGAGGCCUGCGGCCCUGCGCGUCUCAGAGCCCCACAGCCUUAAACCCCACCUCAUCUCCCCGAACGCUGUAUCAUGGUGUGGCUUCCUCACCCCUCCCCGGGGUGGGUGUGGGGUGUCCAGGGGCCUCUCACCUCUGCCUUCAUUGUGCCACCUCCCUGCCUCUCGUGUGUCCUCCUCUCCCACUUCCUCCUCUCUGUGUGCCUCAGUCUCCUGCCGGAAGAAAUGGGUUGAGCCCCCAAGGAGGCUAUCUGAGGAGGGGAGGGGGGGCCUGGGGUGGGUUCUACCCACCCCCCACCCCAAGUCACAGGGGCUCCAGCCAGGGCUUGGGAGAGGAGGGAACUGGCUCUGUGACGUCGUCGUCACUCCCAUUACUGCUGCUGCUGUCUGGCUUUUGCCCUCCCCUGCCCCCUCCCUCUUUCCUACUGCUGUCCACACUGAGUAGGAGGGAGGUGCAGUCCCCAAGCCCUAACCCCCAGAUCUGUGUUACUUGGUUUUUAAAGGACUGGUUGGGAUAAAACCCUAAAGAAAUAAAAGUUUCAGUGGACAUCA